AUGUCGAUACUGGAGGUUGCCCUGGCACAGCGCCGUGUGACGGUCUCUGUGCCAGCUACUGUGGCCAACUUGGGGCCUGGCUUGGAGACUGUACCUCGCACGGAAGCCAACCUGGUGGUGCAAGGGGCUGCUGCAGCGUUCAAGGUUUGCGGCAGACAUCUACCAUCGCUGCGGUUCAUUUGCGAGCAUAGAAUACCCUUCAAUAAGGGUCUUGGUGCUGCAAGCGCCUCCUUCGUCGGCGGCUUCCUGGCCGCAUCCGUGCUCUCCGCCGAGGCAAAGAAAGAGGAAGGCGGGCGCUUGGAGGUGGAGAGCGUGGAGCGGAGGAAUGCGAUCUUCAACGUUGGAAGAUCGGCGCUGCUCAUCAACUGCUUCGCAACUCAAGACUUCGCGAAAUUUCAGAAGGCCUCAGAGGACUUCCUUGCUUCGCCGACGAUCCUCGAAAAGUUUCCGCAUAUCCGCCCCGUGUCGCAGGCUGCUUUGGCUGCCGGUGCCUCCGGUGCCUGUGCCUGUGGCUACGGCCCUUCGGUCAUGGCCUUGAUUCAGGGCCGCACUGGGGACGUACUUGCACAGUCUGCUUCCAACCAGCUUGAACAGAAUGUCGGCAAAGCAAUGCUCACAGCCGGAGAGGAAUGUCUGGUCAACGGUCAAAUUCUCAUUGCAAAGCCUGUGGAUGUCGGAGCACACGUGGUCGCCCAGAAGUCUACCCUGGGACAAUCUGAUGAGAAGUCGCGCAUUGUAUACUUCCAGUGA